UACACAAAGAUACAUUAGGUGCAUUGAUGGGUUUGCUUACAGGUCAGCAUCCGGUGUUCACUGAUGAAUGCUGUGGGCAAUAAUUCUGGGGUAUUACGUUUCGGUCUGCUAUAGUUCAGAGUCACCAUUGGAUAUUGAAAAUAAAACCUUGAACUCACAUGAGAAGUCUCCUAGUCAACGUUCAAGGUUGUCUGGGCGGCACGCUCCGUCGAUUAUCACUAUUGCUUAUAGUCUAACAUGGAUGAAAAUCUGUCAAUGAGUUAUCUCGAGAGUCCCUUAGCUGAGUCUCCCUUUCUGGAAGACGAUUUUUUUCACGUGAAGAGUUCGACUUGUUAAAUCUAGCUAUGGAAACUGAUCGUACUGAAAGGUCUAUUUCUCGAGAACCAGAUAGCAAUACCCAACCAAUCGCCACUCUCAUUGAAAAUGAUGAUGAAAAAAUAUUUCCUGAUAUGAGCAACUUACUUCCAAAGCUUCGUGAGUUAAUAGAUGAAAACACGACAGUGAUUGACAACCAUUAUCCAAAUACUCAACCCUCUGAAGAUCUUAAUUUCGAUGAAUAAGAAUCCGAAGGCAUCUGCAAAGCGCCGUGUUCCAGAGGUGUGUGUGUGUGUGUGUGUGUGCGUGCGUAAAUCUAAAAAUGAUUGAAUUUCUGUAAUUGUGUACAUAAAUAACAACAAAGAAAUAACACAAUGGAAAAUGAAGAAUCGGA